GAGGGGAGGAGCAGCUGAAAACGAAAGUGUUGAGUGGAGUCAGACAUCAUUUUAACUGGGCAAAGCAGGAGGAAAACGGGAAAGUGCUUCAUGUGAGUUCGUAUAAUUUGACCUCAGUUUUCUCUCAUUUAUUAAAAAUACAUUACAUUUAUUAACACAACUCCGCUGUGAGCAGUUUAAAAAGGUGCCGCUCCCAAGUUGAUCCCUGUGAGCAGUGUCUGUGGGAGGAAGCUCCAGGCUCAGUCGGAGGGAAGAGUUGGUUCAUCCAGCAGCACAACUUCUCUUCAACCAGAUUUAAACCCUUUUUUACAGGUUUCAAUAUUUUUGAGAAUUCAUAUUAUUUUUUAUAACCGCGUGCACUCCGCAGGAGCAACUCUGAUUGGCAGGCUCCGUCCGUCACGUAUUUCCGGUCAUGGUCGUGGCUCCGAUGCUUCACUAUACAGAGCUGUUUAAAAACGUGUAACGCCACACCAUACACACUCAUGUUAAAAUAGUGAAGAUAAUGAGGCGCAAAAUAUUUAGAUUGCAAUUGCCAUUUUAUUUUAUAUUCUUAUUUGCCACAUUACAGUGUACGACACAAGCAAAAAUAUUGCAGCGUUCGCGGCCCGACAGCGCGGGGGCUGGCUAGCGGAAUGAUGAUGAGGACAGAGGGGCUGACGUUUCACCGGGGACCCGGGCUUCAGGACCCUCUUCAACAGGCUCACCCGGGGUUGGAGCAGAGCCCGAAGUAACAAAUGUUGGAGCUUCACCUCUCAGACCAGAGAAGAUGAGUGAUUUCGUGGAAGACGAGGACAGAGCAGAGUCUCCAGUGUUCAGCUGUGAGUCUAUGAAGAGUGACCGGUCCAAACCUCAUCCUCCAAACUUCAGUACUGAACCUGGACCCUCACACUCUGAACAAAGAUCAGAGUCUCCAGUGUUCAGCUGUGUGUCGUUGAAGAGUGACUGUUCCAAAUAUGAACCUCUAAACUUCAGUACUGAACAUGGACGAUCACACUCUGAAGAGAAGAGGAGUCAUGUUUCUGAGGAGAAGCUGCCGUCCAGCUGUGCUUCUUGUCAGGACGUCCUGAAGGAUCCAGUCUCCACCAACUGUGGACACUGGCUCUGCAGACGCUGCAUCACGUCAUACUGGGACCAGUCGGGUUCACCAGGAGAGUCCUCCUGUCCCCAGUGUGGAAAAAGAUCCAGAACAGGACCUGGCGCUCAAACAGCAGCAGAUGGUUGUCUUCAGCAGGUUUUAGAUGAACAUAAGAUCAGUUUGAAGAGGAGAUGUGAACGUGUGACUGAAGGAAGUGAUGACAGAGGAAGUGAAACCCUCCUCAACAGGAUCUUCACUGAGCUCUACAUCACAGAGGGACAGAGUGAACAGGUCAAUACCCAACAUGAGGUGAGGCAGCUCGAGACAACUUCCAAGAUGGAGACCCUCUAUGAAACUCCCAUCAAGUGCCACGACAUCUUUAAAGCCAGACCUGACCAGCAGAGACACAUCAGAGUCGUCCUGACAAACGGCGUCGCUGGCGUUGGAAAAACCUUCUCAGUGCAGAAGUUCACUCUGGACUGGGCCGAGGGUUUGGAAAACCAAGACGUCAGUCUGCUGAUUCUGCUUUCGUUCAGGGAGCUGAACCUGAUCAGAGACCAGCAGCACAGUCUUCUCACGCUGCUCCAUGUCUUCCAUCCAUCAUUACAGAAGGUCACAGCGGAGAAGCUCGGUGUCUGUAGACUGUUGUUCAUCUUUGACGGCCUGGAUGAAAGCAGACUUUCUCUGCAUUUCAACCACAGGGAGGUUGUGUCUGAUGUCACACAGAGCUCAUCAGUCAACGAGCUGCUGACGAACCUCAUCCAGGGGAAUCUGCUUCCCUCCGCUCUCAUCUGGAUAACUUCCCGACCUGCGGCGGCCAAUCAGAUCCCUCCUACUUGUGUUGACAGGGUGACAGAGGUACGAGGCUUCACCGACGCCCAGAAGGAGGAGUAUUUCAGGAGAAGGUUCAGUGAUGAAGAGCUGUCCAGCAGAAUCAUCUCACACGUGAAGACGUCCAGGAGCCUCCACAUCAUGUGUCAAAUCCCAGUCUUCUGCUGGAUCAGUGCUACAGUUCUGGAGCACAUGUUGCGCACAGACCAGAGAGAAGAGCUGCCCAAGACCCUGACUGACCUGUACUCACACUUCCUGCUGGUUCAGACAGAGAGGAAGAAGAACAAGUAUCAUAAGGGAUGUGAGACGAGUCCACAGGAGCUGACGGAGGCUGACAGGGAAGUUCUCCUGAAGCUGGGGAGGCUGGCGUUUGAACAUCUGGAGACAGGAAACAUCAUGUUCUACCAAGAAGACCUGGAGCGCUGUGGUCUUGACGUCACAGAGGCCUCAGUGUACUCAGGAGUUUGUACUGAGAUCUUCAGAACGGAGUGUGUGAUCUUCCAGAAAACCGUCUACUGCUUUGUUCAUCUGAGCGUUCAGGAGUUCCUGGCUGCAGUCUACAUGUUCCACUGUUACACCAACAGAAACACAAAAGUACUGGACGACUUCCUGGGAAAAAAUUGGAACAACACCCGUGACCCUCCUAUGGAAGACUUCCUGAAGACAACCAUGAAGAAAUCCCUUGAAAGUCAAAAUGGCCACCUGGAUCUGUUCGUGCGCUUCCUUCACGGCCUCUGUCUGGAGUCCAACCAGAGACUUUUAAAAAGUCUGCUGGGUCGGACAGAGAACGAUCAAGAAAUAAUUCGGAGAGUCAUCGACAACAUGAAGAGGAUGAGGAUUUAUGAAAUCUCUCCUGACAGAAGCAUCAACAUCUUCCACUGUCUGAUGGAGAUGAACGACCUCUCAGUACAUCAGGAGAUCCAAGAGUUCCUCGAGUCAGAGAACAGAUCAGAGAAGGAACUCUCUGAGAUCCACUGUUCUGCUCUUGCCUACAUGCUGCAGAUGUCAGAAGAGGUUCUGGAUGAGUUGGACCUGGAGAAGUACAACACAUCAGAUGAGGGACGGCAGAGACUGAUCCCAGCUGUGAGGAACUGCAGAAAGGCUCAAUUUAAUGGCCGUCGACUCUCAGAGACUCACUGUGAAGUCGUGGCCUCAGCUCUGAAGUCCAACCCCUCCCACCUGAGAGAACUAGACCUGAGUUUAAACUACCUGCAGGAUUCAGGAGUGAAGGUUUUGUCUGCUGGACUGGAGAGUCCACAUUGUAGACUGGAGACUCUGAGGUUGAAUUCCUGCAGUUUGUCAGAAAUCAGCUGUUCUUCUCUGGCCUCAGCUCUGAAGUCCAACCCCUCCCAACUGAAACAACUAGAGCUGAGCCGCAACAAGCUGCAGGAUUCAGGAGUGAAGGAGCUUUGUGGUUUUCUGGAGAGUCCACACUGUCGACUGGAGACUCUGAGGUUGAGGAGCUGCAGUUUGUCAGAGAUCAGCUGUUCUUCUCUGGCCUCAGCUCUGAAGUCCAACCCCUCCCACCUGACAGAACUGGAGCUGAGCUACAACGAGCUGCAGGAUUCGGGAGUGAAGGAGCUGUGUGGUCUUCUGGAGAGUCCACACUGUCGACUGGAGACUCUGAGGUUGAGUUGCUGCAGGUUGUCAGAGAUCAGCUGUUCUUCUCUGGCCUCGGCUCUCAAAUCCAACUCCUCCCACUUGAGACAACUGGACCUGGGGGGAAACAAGCUGCAGAACUCAGACCUGAAGAAGCUGCAGGAUCUUGUCCAGAGAGUCGAGGGUUGAGACUGGAGCCAGUGAGGUGGCGCUCUAGUGUAACGUGUGUUCACCUGGGAGGCGGGGGAGUAGAACAUCCCAGUCGACGAUGGAACGUUUCUUCUUUGCUGUGCUGAAUGUAAUCGCUCUUCAACCCUGUAAACAGAAGCAGGUCUUGUUUUUCCUUUUUCCACUUAAAUGAGCAAUAAGUUAGAGUCUAAUGUUAAAAGUCAAAUAGUGUCUGCAGUGUCUCAGUGAGAAACGUGUGAACUACAUCUUUGGCCAGAUAUAUAUGGUCAGAUAUAAACCUCAGCGGAAGUUAACCUGGGUUUAAUAAGUGGAGGAUUAUUACCCUUAUAACAGGGUUAAAUUUGACCUAUAAAGAAGAUUGAACAGAACACAAGUCUCACAUGGGCUUCAGGAAAUGAUUGACGAAAGUUGGACCAGUUUGAUAUUCAUGAGAAGUGACGCAUGAAUGUGACACAUGAAAACGCGUCUACUUUACCAUUACGACCGCUUCUUACAUUGAACAGAAAUCAUAUUUAAGUAACUUUAAAAACACAAAUCAGAAAAAUCUAAAGAUGUUUCAUGUCACGUUAUUUGUACGAUUUAUGAAGCAAAAAUGAAUCACGAUGAAGAUGAACCAAUAAAUGAAUAAAUGUCAAUAAUCAAACGCCGAUUGUUUGUCAUCACAAGUUGUUCUUUACAUUUUAUUUCAAAUUAAAAAUCACACUGUUACCGCCGGCGCCGACCUCUGCCCCCCAUUUUGUAUGCAUAACCUCUUUGGCCUGUCAAGCAGGGUGCCCCUCCCACUUCUGGCCUGGAGGAUCCGGAUUGGAGCGGCACUUCAAAACAGUCCACCAAUCACCAAGGAGCAAUUUGUGGAGGAGGCUACAAAUCUCCCCACAGCUUGUCAGUCGGGGCGGCUGGGAUUUCACUUGACCAGCGCGCCACUGUGGCUCUCGAUUUUGUGAAAUUCUGAAACGAGGCACGUGAAACUUAUCUGAGGCCUGGGCCAGGUUUUAGUUAACUAUAGAUCAGACCACUCACACCUGCAGAAUCCCUUUGUUAUCCUUCAUUAGGUGCCGGAGUGCUGUUCCUGACGUGUUGUGUUUUGUUUCACGGUAACUAAGGGGUUUUAGUUUCAUUUUGUUUUUCUGUUAGUGGUAACAGGGACUCACUGUUACGAGUCCUCCUGUUGUUGAAGUUGUUUGUUUGAUUUGAGCAGCCCUCACUGGCCCAUUUUCCGUUUCCAGUUUGUCUCUUUUGUUCUGGUUUUGAUAACAAUCCCGUUUUCGUACAAAUAAAUAACUCAUUUACCAAAUA